UGUGCCUGCAGCUAAGUUAGAGUUCAAAGUUUUUCAUUUUGAGACUCGGAGGACGAGGAAUGGAUCGACUUUUAUCUGAAAGAAAUAUGACUGGAGCAAAGUGCCCUAACCCAGAUAAGGAUUUAUUUGAACACACAGUACUUCCUAUUCUCUACACGUUGGUGUUUAUUAUCGGAGCUCUGUUGAAUGUUUGGGGAUUGAAGACUUUGCUGCAGAACUGGAAGAAACUUAAAAGUAUUAACAUCCUUGUUUUUAAUCUGGGACUAGCAGAUGUUUUGUAUCUGCUAACUCUUCCCUUGCUGAUUACCUACUACCUUAAUGGGAGUAAAUGGAUCUUUGGAGCAGCCGUCUGCAAAGUGACACGAUUCUGCUUUGACCUGAAUUUAUACUGCAGCAUCGGAUUCCUCACAUGUUUGAGUGUUUACAGGUACCUGGCCAUCAUCUACCCGUUGAAAGUGCUGGGGAAAGUUACUAGGACUCACUCUGUGAUCAUCUCAGCCAUGGUGUGGAUUGUGGUGACCGCUCAAAGUCUGCCGGGGGUUUUAAUAUUUCCCAAAAAUUCAGGGAACAACACCACACAGUGCUUUGAUACAACCGAUGGGGAAAAUAUUGAGAAAUACCUGCAGUACAACCUCGUCCGGACAAUCAUCGGGUUCUGCAUCCCGUUUGUUAUCAUCGUGGGCAGCUACGGGCAUGUGACUUUUGUCGUCUGCCACUCAAAUACGAUAAAAAUGGUCACGAAACAACGGAGCCUCAAGUUGCUGAUUCUUAUGAUUCUUUUCUUCUCAAUUUGUUACGCACCACACCACGUAUUCAAGAACCUCAACAUGUAUUCCAGGGUUUUGCAAAGAAGGAAAAUAUGCAGCUCGUGGAAUUCUGGAGUGUUUAUCGCGCACCAGGCAGGCCGUGGGCUGGUGAGCCUGAACAGCGCUCUCAACCCGCUGGUUUACCUCCAUGUAAACGAGGACAUGGGCGCUCAGUUCAAGGAGCUGCUGCAGAGAAGUCGACGUGCGUUCAGUCGUUUUUCUAGGUCAAAAUCCGGCUCUGUGCCCGAACCACAGGAUGGACAAGAGCUCAAGAGUCCUUUGGCCGACUGACUGCGUCUGGAGUCACAAUUUUGUACAGCACUGUUUGCUACACGCUAGAAAAGUGAAAGCAAACAGGUCGGACCAGUUUAACUGUCAGUGGAAUAACAGAUAAGGAUUAUAUAAUGUAAAUGCUGAGUCUAUUUUUAACACAACUGCUUGGUUGAUUUUCAUUUUGUUUUCUUUUUUUUACAU